AUGAUGUCCAUGAACAGCAAGCAGCCUCACUUUGCCAUGCACCCGAGCUUACCUGAGCACAAGUACACGUCCCUGCACUCCAGCUCCGAGGCGAUCAGAAGGGCAUGCCUGCCAACCCCACCGCUGCAGAGUAACAUCUUCGCCAGCCUGGAUGAGACCCUCCUGGCCCGGGCCGAAGCAUUGGCGGCCGUGGAUAUUGCAGUGUCCCAGAGCAAGAAUCACCCCUACAAGCCUGAUGCCACCUACCAUACCAUGAGCAGCGUGCCAUGCUCCUCCAACUCCUCCAUGCCUCUUGGCCACCACCAUCACCACCAUCAUCAUCACCACCACCAGGCGCUGGAGCCCGGAGACCUGCUGGACCAUGUCACUUCCCCGUCCCUCAGCCUGAUGGCCAGUGCUGGACAUGAUGGGGUCGGGGGUGGUGGAGGAGGUGGAGGGGGAGGUGGUGGCGGCGGCGGAGGUAAUGGCGGACUGAUCUCCACCUCAGCCCAUCCUCACAGCCACAUGCACGGCCUGAGCCAUCUCUCCCACCAGGUGGCCAUGAACAUGACCACCGCCCUGCAGCACCAGGGGCUGGUGGCCGCUGCUCAUCAUGGACCCGGUGGGCAGAUGGCCUCGGCCGUGGGGGCGGCGGCAGGCCUGGCCUCCAUCUGUGAUUCUGAGACUGACCCCCGGGAGCUGGAAGCCUUUGCCGAGCGCUUUAAACAGAGGAGGAUCAAGCUGGGGGUGACCCAGGCGGACGUGGGCUCUGCCCUGGCCAACCUGAAGAUCCCAGGGGUGGGCUCCCUCAGCCAGAGCACCAUCUGCAGGUUCGAGUCCCUCACCCUGUCCCACAACAACAUGAUCGCCCUGAAGCCUAUCCUGCAAGCUUGGCUGGAGGAGGCUGAGGGGGCCCAGAGGGAAAAAAUGAACAAGCCCGAACUCUUUAAUGGGGGGGAAAAGAAACGCAAGAGGACUUCCAUUGCCGCCCCAGAGAAGAGGUCCCUGGAGGCAUAUUUCGCAGUCCAGCCCAGACCCUCCUCAGAGAAGAUAGCGGCCAUAGCCGAAAAACUGGACCUCAAAAAGAAUGUGGUGCGGGUCUGGUUCUGUAAUCAGAGACAAAAGCAGAAAAGAAUGAAAUUUUCUGCCACUUACUAA